UCUGCGGCUGCUGCUGGACCGCGGGGCAGACGCCGCGAUGCAGGACGCUAACGGACAGACGCCUCUUCACCUUGCCGCGUCCGCCGGCGCCCUCGAGUGUGUGAAACAGCUACUAAUGGCGGCGCCAGCUGCGUGCAUAGUGAAAGACAAGGAGGGCGCCACUCCGCUGCACUCGGCGAUACAGGACGACCAGCCGGAAUGCUUGGAGGUGGUGAUUCGGCGGACGAAGCAGCUGCCGCUGUUCAGCGCUCACGCACCCUGGCAUCGCAAGUCCCCCGACAAGUUCAUUCCGUAUCGGAGUCCAUAUCGGAAAUCGCCCGAGAAAACGGCCGUGAAACAGCUGAGCGUCUCUGACUCGACGACUCCCGCGUCGCGCCGCUCGCCAGAGAGAGCGCCCUCUAUUGGCGAGCUCGUCGACAACAGCGGCAACACGAUGACACACAUAGCGGCGCGGCUCUCCUCCAAGGAGUGUCUAGAGGUGCUUCAUGCUCACAACCUCGUGCGUCUCGAAGAUCGCUGCAAGGCUGGACAGCGCCCCCUGGACAUCGCCUCGCCAACCUGCCGAGAGCUGCUCAAUGACAUCGAGAGCAGCGAGGAUCGCGUCUGCGUCGUUGCCAUGGAGCUCGACGACACGGCGUCCGGCGGCUACUCCGACACAGCCGUCGUCGUCGGCACGGUGACGGUGAGUGGCGCCACCACGUGGCCUGUUCUCGAGGACGCGGUGCGCAACCUGGUGGUGGCGCACUUUGGCGCCGUCGGCGACGGCGUGCGGAAUCGCCGCGCGAACAAGAGCGCAUCCGAUAGCGCGGACGCGGGAGGAGGAGGAGAGGGGGAGGUCGUGGGUCUCGGACUGAGCUUCGACAGCGUCAGGGAGUGCGCCAUCGAUCGACCAGUACCGGAGCCUCGUGUUCUACGGUCCGAGCGGAGUCGGGAAGACGUACGUCGCCAAGAAGCUAGCGCAGUUCGUGCAGGAGAAGGAGCAGCAGGCGGGAAACCGCUGUGAGAUCACCUACGUGUGUCUGAGCGAGACGUACACGCGCCGCAACCUCGUUAACCUGCUCACCACCAAAGACUGCCUGCUGCCGGCGGAGGUGCCUGUACCGCUGUGUCACACACCUGUCAUCAUACUUGACGACCUGAGCAAGAUCGCCGUGUCCGAGGUGUUUGGUGACAUUCUGACUGCCAUCGAGCGACGCGGCCCUGCCAACGCCAUCGCCAUCAAGCUAGAUGAUGGAAGUGAACCCCAGCUUUACUACCUGCUCGCAGAUUGCUACAUCAUUGCCACGAUGGACAAGUCAAGGUAAAUAACUCGCACU